GUCCCGCCCACUGGGGGCCGAUUCCCGGGACUGGGUUGCGGGAGGAGAGUGUCUUCCGUGGAAGGUCUAAACUGACUCCCGCUUCUGCUGGCUGAACAUGGAGGAUUUGGAGGCAGAUGUGAAGUUUAUUGUGGAUGAGACCUUGGACUUUGGAGGGCUGUCACCAUCUGACAGUCGUGAGGAAGAAGACAUAGCAGUGUUGGUGACUCCAGAGAAACCACUCCGAAGGGGCCUCUCCCACCGAAGCGACCCAAAUGCAGUGGCCCCUGCCCCCCAGAGUGUGAGGCUCAGCUUAGGGCCCCUCAGCCCAGAGAAGCUGGAAGAGAUCCUUGAUGAGGCCAACCGGCUGGCAGCUCAGCUGGAGCAGUGUGCCCUGCAGGAGCGGGAGAGCACAGGCGAGGGCCCGGGAACUCGCCGAGUGAAGCCUAGCCCUCGGCGGGAGACCUUUGUUCUGAAGGACAGUCCUGUCCGAGACCUGCUACCCACUGUAAGCUCUUUGGCUCGGAGCACCCCUUCCCCAAGCAGUCUGACACCUCGACUCCGAAGCAGCGACAGGAAGGGGUCUGUCCGGCCUCUUCGGGCAACACCUGGGAAAAGGCCCUUCAGUGUGAAGAGGGAAUCGCCCACUUGCAAUCUGUUUCCUGCAUCCAAAAGCCCAGCAUCUUCUCCUCUUGCCCGAUCAUCUCCUCCAGUCCGGGGGAAAGCUGGGCCCAAUGGGAGAAUAAUAGCAAGUCCACCUACCCCUGUCAAACCAGUCCUGACCUCACAACCUUCUACCAGCAAUUCUCAACGCCUAUCCCGGCCACAGGUCGCUGCUGCUAAAUCUUCCAGUCAACUGCCCAUUCCCUCAGCUAUCCCCAGGCCUGCCAGCCGAAUGCCACUCACCAGCCGGAGUUUACCACCCAGCAAAGGUGCGCUACCUCCAGAUUCUCUGUCAGCUCGGAAAGGGCUUCCUAGACCAAAGGCUGCAGGGCACAGAGUUCCUGUUUCCCAGCGACCAAAUCUUCCUGUCACUGGUACCACUCGCAGCAGUCUGCAGCCACCCAGGAAAGUUGCAGUCCCAGGAUCUACCAGGUAAAGAGAUGAGAACAACAAGCAAGAAUUCAGUAACUAACCACUACAGUCACUGCCUGGACUAGUCUCUACCCAGCAGGCCCUGACUCCAGCAGAUUCUGGCCCAGGGACUGGAGGAAGAGAUGAUGCCAGGGCUGGUCCCCUGGGAGUAGAAACCAUGAGAGAUGGGAUGGAUUAGGGUUGAGCUAGAGGAGACUCAGACUCUCUAGGUUGAAAGGAGAUUAGGGAAAAAGAGGUCAUCUCCCAGCAGCAAACAGAAGAUGAGAAAUGCAGGCAAGUGGCUUGUCCUGGGCCACCCCCACUCUUGCAGUCAGCCCUGGAGAGUUUGAUCUUCUUCCCAGGCAUGGGUUCACUGGACAUUUACAUGUGAAUGGUCUCUGCAGCCAACCUCUCUGCUCUCUGAGGAGAGGUCUUCCUGAAUCACAUCCUCUGCUGGACCCGGGCCUGUUUGGAGAGGCCAAAGCCGGCACCUGGUCUCCAGAACUUGUUUCCUGUGAAUUCUGUGACUCUUAACAGGCCAAUUUAUGAUAAG